AUGAAGUAUUUCGUGGCCCUCCUCGCAUUUGUGUGCCAUGUUCAGGCAUUACAUUUCUACUUGAAGACCGGUGAGUCCAGAUGUUUCUACGAAGACUUGCAGGCAGGCACGUUGGUGGUUGGAAAGUUGGGAGCAUAUGAGUUCGACGAAAGACAGAAUGACUACUUCAAGAACCCUAACUUGAAGUUGCAGAUCACCAUCGACGAGACUUUCGACAAUGACCACCGUGUGGUGGACCAGACUGCUAGCACUGACGGUGACUUAACCUUCACCUCUGCUGAUUCUGGUGAGCACAAGAUCUGUUUGACUCCAAAGUACAACGACGGUACCAAGGGUCGUUUGCACCAGAUUUUCUUUGACAUUGCUAUUGGAUCGUCUGACGAUUACGUGGACUCCAAGUCUUCCAAGAAGGUUGACGGGUUGACCUUGCAGAUCCAGAACUUGAACAAGAAGUUGCAAGAGAUUCACUUGGAGCAGGAGAACAUCAGAGAGAGAGAAGCUUUUUUCAGAAACCAGUCCGAGUCCACCAACUCGCGUGUGGUUUGGUGGAGUAUCAUUCAAUUGAUUGUGUUGGUGCUGACCUGUGCAUAUCAAUUGCGUCACUUGAAGGGUUUCUUUGUGAAGCAGAAGAUUGUGUAG